AAUGAACCCAACCAAUAAACAAUAUCUGUUUAACAUUACAACUACUAAUAAAGCUGGGAAUGGAUCUACUAGUAACAUGACUGUUGGAUUUCAAUCAACAAUAGAUGUACAGUUAUAUGUAACUGAUAAGGAAAGAGGGAAUGUGUAUUGGACUUUUCAUUUCAUUGUAUCUGUUUAUCAGUCUUUUACUAAUGUACCACCACUAAUGAACAUUACAUUGAAAGGAUGUACUAAGGAUAACUGUUAUUCAACAACAAAUGUAUCCAUAAGCAAUAGUUCUUAUAAUAACAUUUCACUUGUUGUUCAAUUUCCAUCAAAUAAGACACUGAAUACUAAUGCUACCUUGUACUAUCAAAAUGGAGUUACAGUUCAAAGCAACACUAUAACAAUCAGUACUCAUGAUCUUCAGGAAUUCACAUUGAUUAAUAUCACAUCAAAUUCUGUUUGUCUUCAGUUUCAGUAUGUCAGUGGCAGUACACCUUAUAUUGAUGUAAUUCUGCUUGCUGAUGAU